UGAAGCGGCGCAGCAGGUUUAGUCGAAUAGCGGCAGCAGAAUACUUUCACCAUCGAGUUUCAGUCGUUCGGUAGUUGAACUCUUGUACAUACAUCCGUCCUCAGUGAUAUUAUUUACGAAUUGUUGCCAUUUAAAUUGUCCGGGAUUAUGUUCAGUUAGUGUCCCGAAGCCCGGACGAGCCCAACCCGUGUCGGGCCGCGACGUCUCGCUCCCGAAAAAUGUGACUCGCAGUGUUAAUAUUGAAGAAAAGUGACUCUUUAAUACGGACCAUGACAAAUAACGCCUUAACGAGCGUGUAAACGCCUUUCGGGAAACGUCGCGUGAUGCUUUUGCAAAAUGUGAACAUCUUCCUAAGUUCCGAUGCAAGUGCCAUGAAGAAACCCAUUGAAAAUUUGGAAACUGAGCAGAAAGUUCCACAGAAAACCCAGGAAGAAUGCAGUCGCGUUUUGCACAUUUUGGACUCAGCCCCUGCACCAGGAUGGACCGCCCACGUGACCAAAGAAGGACGACUCUAUUAUUGCAACCAUAUAACGCGUUCUGCUGGAUGGCUACCACCGGCAGAUGUCUGGAAAUCUGGCAAAGACUCGCUACCAUACGGCUGGGAAAGGGCUGUAGAUGACACUGGCCGUUCCUACUUCAUCAACCAUGUGAACAAGACCACAACUUACGAGACACCAGUUUACAAAAGUGCGGAGAACCUUCCAAAGCCCAAACCAAGAACAGUGGUUCUGGAACGAUCGGCCAGUUUGGGCUUUGGAUUUGUGGCUGGUUCGGAAAAACCGGUCAUUGUCAGGUUUGUUACUGAAGGGGGACCCAGUGCUAAUGAGCUCCUUCCCGGCGACCAAAUCCUCUCAGUGAACGGGGAAGAUGUGAAAACAGCGCCCCGAGAGCACGUAAUCGCCCUAGUCCGAUCCUGCACUCAUUCCGUUACACUGGAGGUAUGCCAGCCAACCGAGCAACAGGGUGUGCGAAAGUCCACCCUACUUUCUGCCAUGAAACGAGCCCGACUGAGGUCCAAGCCAUCCAGGGUGCGCUUCGCCGAAAGCGUGUGCGUUAAUGGAGCUCCAUUAUUUCCUCCCUCAGCGUUUUCUUUGGGCGAUAUCUGCGUGCCUCAGAUGGCCAACGUCCUCAAAGUGUUCCUGGAGAACGGCCAAACCAAGAGCUUUAAGUACGACGCCUGGACAACUGUCCAGGACGUUGUCAAUUCGCUGCAGUCCAAACUGUGCAUCCAGGCGUCGGAGUACUUCAGUUUACUGGUCGAACAUAUCAAGAGCUUGAAGCGGAAUAAGCUCACUUUGCUUGAUCCGCACGAUUCCAUUGCAAAGAUCGCCUCCCAACCAGGCGCUCAUAAGCUGCGUUGCCUGUUCAGGGUGACUUUUGUGCCGAUCACAGCAGCUUCAUUAGCACAGCGCGACUUAAACGCUUUGGACUAUCUGUACAGUCAAUGCUGUAACGAUGUGAUCCAGGAGCGAUUUUCACCGGAACUCCAAUACGAUACUGGGCUGCGAUUGGCCGCCCUCCACAUGUACCAACACGCCUUAGCAAAUAACAUGCAGGCCAAUAAGCUGACAGUGAAAAUUGUUGAAAAGGAGUUUGGAUUGGAGCGGUUUAUUCCGGCCUCUAUCUUGGACAAUUUAAAGCGGAAAGAAAUCAGGAAGCUGCUGGGCCACUUCCUGAAGCUGCACUCGACUAUGACGGGGUCGGGGAAGCAGCUGACCUCGCUGCAAGUGAAGCUGCACUAUCUGGACAUAGCUAGUCAGCUGCCCAGCUUUGGGGCGAAGUGUUUUAGUGCCGGCCCCAAAGGCGACCUAAUGGAGAAAGUCAUUCUGGUCAGCCCGAAGUUUGGGAUUAGCCAGAUUAUGGGACACCGAAACUCUGUGUUUCAGCCCGUUCCGUUGGCAAACUUGGAGGAGAUGAAGAAAAUUGAAGUGAAAACCGAAGACGAGGUCACACAAAUCGUCCUAAUCACUUUGCACAGCGAUAAAAUCCUGGAAGUGUCUUUGGACGAGAAGGACGCGAUGGAACUCGUCCUGGUCCUCAAAGGCUACUUCAGACUGAUCACCAAUCAGGAGCUGCCAGUGGAUCAAGAAAAAGUCCAGGAACCAGACGAAGAUCUCGCUCCGUCUUACUUGGCACAGCACAAAGUGAUCCCAGAAAAGUGGAGCUACCUGGAACAAAUGUCCAUUAAAAGUGCCACUUUCACAGUUCUGCCAACCUAUCAAGGGGUGAGCAGGAAGACCAACGGCCUCUAUAAUACAGUGGGGCGCCACUCCAAACCCCCCUUGCUCAUCUAUGAUGUGGAUGGGAACAUGAACAACUCCAUAUCGAACCGAAACCAUCGCUAUUUGGGAAACGCUGACUUUGGAUUACAGGGUUUAGGCGAUCGGAGUGAGGUUUCAAGAGAGAUCAGCGCUGAGACCGACAAGUUCUUUGAAGCAUUCUACCCAUCGCAGCCUCUGGAGCACGAUCCCCACAACAUCAACAUUCUCUCCUUAACAUCUGAGUGGCAGGAAACCAGUGUGGACUUCGACAGCGACUCGGAAGAAGGUGGAAAGCUGAAGCACAGCGACUCGCUGAUCCUAUUGAACAAGAUCCACAAGGAGGAGAACAAGCCGUUUAACAGCGGCACCUCCGAGCUUCUGAAGCAGUUGCAGUCGGAGAGCGACAACGAUUCACUCUACACGCCGCACGAUUCUCCCAAGUUAAAAAAGGAGGAAAGCGCGAUGAAUUUUCGCAGUCAGAACAUGAGCUUUGGGCUGCGCUCACCAAAUACCCUGGACAAUCACAACGAGGAGUUCCAGGAGUAUUUGCAAAGGAUUUGCGACUUGGAGAACACCGAGUCAAGCAUUCUGAACUCCAUCAAUGGCAUGUUUGUGUUUGAUCCUGAUAUUAUUGAUCUUACCUUCAUUCCUCCACCGCUUACACCCGAUGAACUAGACUCUGCUCUGCCAACCUCCAUCAGCGUUCCUCCCAAGUCUUUUGCUGAUUCUAUGGAACGUCUGGAUAUUCUGGAUUUGAAUGAAAACCAGGAUUUGGAGGACUUUUUGGCUAGAGUGAGCGUGCCGCCACCUAUCCAGAAAGUUACACCCGCCAUGGAACUAACUCCAGAGGAAAUAAUGGCGUACAUUAUUCCGCCACCCCCAGAAAGGCUCAGCUUUGAGGAAGCCGACGAGGUGAAACCGGAGGGUGAAUCGACAGCUGAAGACAAGUUUCCCGGGUUGGUGAAGAACAAAUCAACUCUCCAUGAUGUUUUGAUGAAUAAAGAGGGGAAUCAAGCUGAGGAUGGGGACGGGAAGGCUUUGAGGCCUCUACCACGGAGAAGCUUUGAUGAGAAACCGCCAGACCGACCGCCCAAAGAGCGCAAAUACUCAUUUACGGCUACAGCAGAAUCGCCAAUCGCCUCAUCCAUAAAAGACCAACCAGUGCCAGAACUGCCACCUCGUAGUCAAGCACCCGGGCAUCCAACCUCUCGUCCUAGCCUACCGCCCAAGAAGCCCUCGUUACCACAACUGCCUCUCACUUCCCCCUUUGGUAACGGCUGUAAGCCGAUGGAGUUUCAAAGAAGAAACUCGUCCAAUACCACACCGGUUGAAGCGAGAACGCUUAGUAGCGCAGAAGCGGCAGUUUCAACCCCAAUUUCAGCUUACGGAGGUAAAAGACCUCCGAUCUCCGCGCUGACCAUCUACAAGGACUCGAAUUGGCCAUCGCAGCCCGCUCCCGAUCAAAAGGCCGUUUCCAACGGCAAAACUCCGACUGAUUGCACCCCGGAAUUGAAACAAGUCCUAUCCAAAACUGAACUGGUGCUCAAAGAACUGUUGAGCCAUUUGAAACAAGCUUCCAUUAAGUGCCUUGGCCGACUCCCUAAUGGCGAUACGUCCCUGAUGGAAAAACAAAUGCAGAAAACGCGAGAAGAACUGACGAAUCAAUCGCUGCAGCUGGUAACGUCGAGUAAACUGCUCGUGAUUGCAAUGUCGGAACCAUCGCUGCCCGAGCUGCUGGAAAAUCUGACCAUGUGCUUGACCACAUUGAAAAGGCUGACCGAACUGUGCCAGGACCUGGUGGCCAGCACCACUACGGCCCCGUUGCAGAGCCGGAACCUGAUCAUGAACGUGUACGAACUGGUGGAGGCGUUCCGCGUGUUCUCCACCUCCAACAUUGACCGGAGCUCGACAAAGACUGUCCAAGAACACUUAGCGCUACACGCUGAGACUUUAGCCAAUAUUUUAUCGACGUUGUUGAAGCAUCUAAGGGUUUUUCCCUCGUAAUACUCCACUAGUUUAAUGAAUGGGCAGAUGUACUUAAACAAUUGUUUUCCAAAGAUGUAAAGAUGUUAACCUGUUUUCAAGUAUUACCAGCUGGACGGUGUUUGCUUUGUGGCGGACUUUUCUCAAAACGUUUCGCCUCUUUAAGGUGAGCCAAAGAGCUUUCUCCGUCCGGCUGCCUAUAUGGGAAUAAAAUAUAUAUGAGAA